AAAAUUUGCGGACUUUUUUUGUUCCUUUUUUUAAUAAUAAUAAAUUUUGUUUUGUGUUUUGGCCUUCCUGUUGUGGUUUAACAAAUUCGUCAUCAUCAUUUAGUCUUUGUCAAGCUUCAUUUGAACAAAUUUUUUCCUGUUCUACAGACUCUCCAAUGUGUUCCAAUUCUAGGAAGAAUAAAUGUCCGUUGCUACACAAGGAAAGAAAAUUGGUUGAAUACAAUGGGAAAAACAACAAUAACAAGUCCUAUCGACACAAAAAAGGAUUUUUGGCCCGUAAAAUUUCAAGUUUUUAUCAAUAUGGGACUUCUGUGGAAAGGGAAGAUGCUAGACGUGUUAAACAUGGAGGAAAGGAGCGUGAAGACCUGGAUGUCGUUCUUUUCACUUUUGACAAAUUUCUUCGUCUCUACCACAAAAUUAGCCCACGGACAGAUAUUCAAGAACUUUUUGUUAAAUUGUCUGGACAAAAAGAAUAUUUGACAAGAGAAAGGCUGAUGAUGUUUUUAAACGAUGAACAACGAGAUCCACGUCUUAAUGAAAUCCUUUUCCCAAAUUUUGAUGUUGAUAGAGUUAACUCACUCAUUGCAAAAUACGAAACUGAUGAAUCUUAUAUUACACAAGGUAAAAUGUCUGGUGAUGGAUUUUUGCGUUUUUUAUUGUCAGAAGAAAAUUCUCCAGUUUUUCUUGAUAGAACUGAACGACAUCAAGAUAUGGAUCAACCUUUGUGUCAUUAUUUUAUUAAUAGUUCUCACAAUACUUAUUUAACUGGACGUCAAUAUGGAGGCAAAAGUUCAACAGAAAUUUAUCGUCAAGUUUUGCUGUCUGGGUGCAGAUGUAUCGAACUAGAUUGUUGGGAUGGAACUGGAGAAAAUAAAGGAGAACCUAUAAUUACACAUGGAAAAGCAAUGUGUACAGACGUUUUUUUCAAAGAUGUGCUUGUACAAAUAAAAGAAACAGCAUUUUUGCGUUCUGAAUGGCCAGUAAUUCUUUCUUUUGAAAAUCAUUGCUCAAAAUCUAAUCAAUUAAAAAUGGCAAAAUAUUGUUUGGAAAUUUUUGAUGAAAUGUUGCUAACUGGGCCAAUUAAAGGACAUGAGUUGGAGCCAGGCAUUCCUUUACCUUCCCCUAGCCAAUUAAAAAGAAAAAUUUUGAUUAAAAAUAAAAGGUUGAAGCCAGAAGAUGAACAACGUCAAAUGGAACAAUUUAGAAGAGAAGGACGGUUAUUAGAUGAAGAAGAUGAACAAUCAGAAUCUGCAAUAGAACAAAAAGGAAAUGUUGGAAGUGAAGCAGAAACAACUACAACAACAACUAAUAUUGAUGAUAGUUGUGGUAGUGGACAGGUUCUUUCUCCACGAUCAGCACUUUUGGCAUCUAUUUUGGUUGAUGAAAUUUCAAAUAACAACAACAACAAUAGUAAUCGUUCUUCAAUAAAUAAUAUCAACGAUCCGCGUCAUCGACGAACAAGUUCAGGACGUUUAAGUCCGUUUAUUGGAACAUCUCGGUAUUUUUUUGGAAAAAUUUUUUUGAAGUUCUUUUUCUAUAGUUCUUCUGCAAAUCUUCAUUGUGCCAGUGGAAGUUCUUCUCCUCGUCAUUCCCUAACAGAUUUUUUGUUGUCUAAAAGACCUGAUGGUUUGGGGGCUAAACUUUAUCAAGCACUUACAUUGGCAAGGCUUAAAGGAGAUUUGAGACCAGCUUCUACAAUUAUUGGAUCGUCUGAUCGACCUUCUUCUAGAGGAGGCUUGUUAAAAAAUGAGAAAAAAACCUCAGAAAGAUCACAUUUUGAAGAUGAAAAACUCAAUAAUCAACAAAAACAACAUCAAAAAUCUAAAUUGGGACCAACUGUCUCAAGUGCUUCACUUUCUAAUACUUUUGAUUUAUUAAAUCUUGGAGGAAGUGGGCAGCAACAACAUCGUUCUUCUCUUUCAAAUGUCCCUUCUAGGCAUAAUUCUACUGUUGCUUUAAUAGAAAAUCAACAACAACAAUCUUCCAAGGAAGCUAGCGUUGAAAAAGCUGAAGAUUGUGCAAGUGGACAGUCAACAGCACGUAUUAAUGUUGCUACAACAAGUAGUCAGCAACAACAACCUCCUGGAAUUAUUAGUAAAUUAAAGCAGCCGUUGGGGCUUAACAGGAGAGUACAGGAACGUCCAAAUAACGAGGGUGUUGGUGGCCAUGAAUUUGUCCGUCAAAGGAAUAGUGGUAGCGGUCAUUCUUCUUCUCAACAUCAUUCUUCAACUUCAACAACAACCCCUUCCUCAUCUUCUUUACUUCAUUUAGUUAGUGGUAGAGGUGAAAAACGUUCUUUUCGACGUCCUUGUAUUCAAAGUGGAGGAGGAGGAGGAACAGAUCAUUCAACAGCUGCUGCUUUAGUUGAUGCUAAUACACAACAUGGAGGAAAGAGAGGAAGUUUGUUAGAAAGAAGGCCUGCUAAACAAAAGCCGGUUUUGUCUAAAGAAGAAGAGGAACGGCUUAUCAAAAUGGUCCAAGAAAGUUAUUAUUACCAAGGUGCUACAACCAACAUUCACCCAUUAUUGUCUUCAUUGGUGUGUUAUACACAUCCAGUCAAAUUUUCUGGAUUUGAUGUUGCUGAACAAAAUAAUCUUCAUUUUCACAUGUCUUCAUUUUCUGAAAGUACUGGGCUGAAUUUAAUAAAGCAAUGUGCUCCAGAAUGGGUUAAUUACAAUAAAAGGCAAUUAAGUAGAAUAUAUCCAAAAGGUGCUCGUGUUGAUUCUAGUAAUUUUCUUCCACAGAUUUUUUGGAAUGCUGGGUGUCAAAUGGCGGCAUUAAAUUUUCAAACACCCGAUGUUUGUAUACAAUUAAAUCAAGGAAAAUUUGAAUAUAAUGAUCAAUGCGGGUAUUUACUCAAACCCGAUUUUAUGCGACGUCCAGACCGAACUUUUGAUCCUUUUUCUGAAUCGCCUGUAGAUGGUGUAAUUGCUGCUCAUUGUUCUGUUAGGAUAAUUUCUGGUCAAUUUUUGUGUGAACGUAAAGCCGGAACUUAUGUGGAAGUCGAAAUGUAUGGAUUACCAACGGAUACAAUUAGAAAAGAACAUCGCUCACGUCUAGUCCCUGCCAACAGCUUAUUUCCUGUAUACAAUGAAGAACCUUUUGUUUUUCGCAAAGUCAUUUUACCUGAAUUGGCAGUUUUGCGUUUUGCUGUUUAUGAUGAUAGUGGAAAACAAUUGGGACAGCGGAUACUACCUUUAGAUGGCCUUCAAUCUGGUUAUCGCCAUAUUUCUUUGCGGACUGAAAAUAAUCAACCAUUAACUCUUCCUUCUCUAUUUGUUCAUCUACAAUUAAAAACUUAUGUUCCAGAUGAAUUGAGUGGACUUGUUGAUGCAUUGGCUGAUCCAAAAGCCUAUCUUUCUGCUCAAGAAAAGCGUGAAGAAGCUUUACAACAAAUGUGUGUCGAUGAAAUGGAAGAGUUGUUGGCACCCGUGGGGGCAGAUUCUGGAGGAAGAACAACAACAGCAAAAUCCUCAUCUUCAACUAACUUUGAUGGAAAUGCAAGUAUUCGAAGAGUAGCAGCACAAAAUGGUGGUUGUUCUACUAAUUUGGCUUCUUCUACACAAAUUAAUUCGUUAGACAGUGGAAGACUAGUUUCAAAUCAAUCCCCUCUUAUGUGUGGAAAAGAUUCUUCCCAAUCAAUUGUUGUCAUUACUUCUGGUGGUAGUACUCCUCGAACAACUAUACCUAUGACUACAGAUGGAUAUUCAACAACUACUAUUGAUGGAAAAUUUCAGGUUUAUUUUGAAGGAGGGAUUUUUUCUUGGUUUUUUUAA